AUGCAGCAAGACAAAGAUUGCAUGAACACCAUCAACUCCAAUAGCCUCCCGUGGCUCCCUCUCGCCCCAAAAGUCUGGAUCAAAAUCCUCCGACUUUCCCCAGAGACCGAAUCCUACACAGUUAUCGUACGCGCCGAGCCCGGCGGCGUUCUCCCUCGUCACAGACACUUAGACAAUGCUGAAAUCUUCAUCCUCAAGGGCAACGGCGCCCAUCCCCAGACCGGUAUUUUCGCCCAGGGAGACUACGUAACCGAGCGCAAGGGGGCCACACACGAGCCGUUGGUCUUCCAGGAAGAGACCGAAUUGCUGAUGAUAAGCAACGGACCCUCUGCUUUUCUCGACGAUAACGACCAGACCUUAUACUUGAUGGAUGUGCCGAUGCUCCAGGGACUCAUGGAGGCUGCUCAUUAA